AUGGGGCCGUACCCUCACACGUUCCGCGGCCUGCGCUUUAUCGUGGUGUGCGAGUUCUUCCCACGAUACGGGUACCCCGGGGUCCUCCUGACGGACAACAAGGCACAGUUCGUGGGGAGACACUGGCGAAUGUCCUGUGAGCGGUGGGGGAUGGAGCAUCGCACGACGCCAACCUACCACCCGCGCGCGAAUCCGACCGAGAGGCGGAACCAGGACAUAAAGACUCAGCUUCGCAUACGGUUGGACGAGGACCACACCAAGUGGGACCUGCACCUGCCGACGUUGCUGUACUGCCUGCGCCGAAGGACGAACGUGGUCACGGGCCAUUCCCCCGCCGAACUGGUGCAGGGGCGCACCCUCGCCCUGCCCGGGGAGGCGCAAGCACUCGCCGACACCGACGUGACCACUGUUGACGAACUACGUGACGAUGCCCGACGACACCAGGAGCUCUUCCUGGCACGACGAACACCCCAGACGACCCGGCAUCCUGAUGACAGUCGUCGUGCCCUCAUAGACUUAGAGGCCGUUUCUGCCCACCGCCGGUGGACACGCGACCCUCUGUGCCGCUUUCAUCCCUUCCGGCCGCGCGGGGGGCUGGGAGUCGGGAGUCGCCGCUUGGCUGCCGUUGAGGGAGGUUCUGUAUCGCUGCGCUCCGCGAGUCCGUAG